AUGUACCACGUGUUCAACUUUCUGGUCAAUGCCACCUUCACGAACCUGUUCGUGGUCGUCAGCUACCUUGGGGCGCAUUACUAUCGCCUGAUAAACGUGAGAAUUUCCGCUGCGUAUCGUAAAAUUGAGGAAGUAUCCACUAAAAACGUCGUACGAAAGCGAUUGGUUUGCAGCAGACUCGUCCGUGAGCUUCACCAGCUGGCGCAAUGGCACGGCGUGCUUAACCAACUGAUUCACGAAUUCACGGAUCUUCACAGUGCCUCGCUGGCAGUUAUGAUACUGAAAAACUUUGUCAUCAUGGUUGGGGCCCUGUUUGGGGCCUACGUUUGCACCGUGGUUGAAGUUCUGUUGGGGUUGGCGCCUGUUUUCAACCUGUUUGCGUUCCACAUGCUGAUGGCGUUUUUCUUCUUCAUGCAGUUUUACUACCUGGUGACAAGUGCUGCCAAACUGACGAGAAGGGCAGAGAAGACAUCAGCCAUUUUAGGGGAUCUUACAAGCAUAGAUGAGUCAGAUGAGCGAUUAGAAAACAUGAUCGAGACGUUUUCCCUGCAGUUGAUGCAUCGAAAUCAUAAAAUUCAAAACAAGGGAAUGUUUGAUAUCGAUUACUCGUUGAUGUAUGCGGCACUGGCAACCAUGAUGAACUAUUUGAUCAUAGCGGUACAAUUCCAAAUAACCACUGCGUAGCACAGCA